AUGAGUAAAAUCAUGUGUACUAGUUACCUUUCAGGGGUGUUAAUAUUAGCUUGGAUGUCGACAAUGGCCGCAGCACAAAACUCUGGUUCGCAUAACUACGCUGAUGCUUUGUCAAAGUGCCUUAUGUUUUUUGAAGGCCAAAGGUCAGGCAAGUUACCACCUUCACAACGAAUUACUUGGAGGAAAGAUUCUGGUCUAAAGGAUGGCUCUGAUGUUGGUAUGGAUCUUGUAGGAGGUUACUAUGAUGCGGGGGACAAUGUGAAGUUCAACUUUCCCAUGGCCUUCACAACAACAAUGUUGUCAUGGAGUGUUCUAGAAUUUGGACAAUUGAUGGGCUCGGAACUUCCACAUGCUCUGGAAGCCAUCAGAUGGGGGUCUGAUUAUUUGCUUAAAUCCACAAGUGUUCCUGAUUCUGUUGUUGGUGUGGUUGGUGACCCCAAUGGCGACCACACUUGUUGGGAAAGGCCUGAAGACAUGACCACCCCUCGAACCACUUAUGUUGUCAACAAAGAAAAGCCAGGAUCAGAGGUUGCAGCUGAGACUGCAGCUGCACUUGCAGCUUCUUCCAUGGUGUUUAAAGAUUCAGACAAAUUCUACUCAGCUUCGCUGCUUAACCGAUCUAUCCAGGUGUUUGAAUUCGCAGAUAAGUAUAGGGGGUCUUACAAUGACAGUAUUGGUGAGGGAGCUUGCCCUUUUACUGUGAUUUCAGUGGCUACAAGGUACACUUAUGAUGAACUGCUUUGGGGAGCUGCGUGGUUAUACAAGGCUACUAAGAUACCACAAUAUUGGGACUAUGUCAAAAACAACAUACAGUUUGGGACCCACAGUAGUAAGAAAUAUAAAUGGCAUUCUUGUUGCGUCCUUAAUGGUGAUGUCAUGAAUUUGGAUGGGAUUCAAAACAUGCCGGCAUCAACAUACUUGUUUCUCAGUGGACUCUUGUUCAAGCCUGGAGGAAGUAACCUGCAACAUUCAACAUCCCUAUCAUUUCUUCUUAUGGCUUAUGCUGGCUACAUGAAAGCUUCCAACAAAGUGAUCGAUUGUGGCAAUAAUUUCGUUGUCACUCCAGCUAGCCUAGUGAAUUUCACCAAAGGACAGGUUGAUUAUAUACUAGGAAGCAACCCACUAGGGAUGUCAUAUAUGGUGGGAUAUGGGAAAAAGUUUCCUCAGAAAAUACAUCACCGUGGCUCAGUCAAUCCUUCCAUGGAAAACCACCUACAACAAAUGCAGUGCCAUGAAGGAGACUUGUAUUUCAAAAGCACCGAUCCAAACCCUAACAUAUUAGUAGGUGCAAUUGUGGGAGGGCCUGCCGAGGAUGAUACAUUUGAAGAUUCUCGAUCCAAUGUUCAACAAUCGGAGCCAACCACAUAUAUCAAUGCACCUUUUGUGGGUGUAUUGGCUAACUUUUUGAAAGGUUAA